AUGGCCACCACUCGAGCCGACACUUUGGACCCUGCACUCUUACGUCUUGGGAGGCUUGAUAGAAAAAUUGAGUUCCCUUUGUCGGACAGACGACAAAAGAGGCUCGUUUUUCAGGUUUGCACUGCUAAAAUGAACCUAGGUGAUAAGGUGGACUUGGAGGAUUUUGUUUCUCGACCUGACAAAAUCAGUGCUUCAGACAUCGCAGCUAUCUGUCAAGAAGCUGGAAUGCAUGCAGUACGCAAGAACCGGUACGUCAUAACUCCCAACCCAAAGGACUUUGAAAAGGGUUAUGGAACCAAUGUGAAGAAACCUGACACUGACUUUGAAUUUUACAAAUGA